CGCGUGUCCCUCCGGCCCCAGCACCGCGCGGGACCCCGGGCCCUGCGCCCUCCUCCGCACCGCGGACAGACCCCGCGCCCGCUGUAUGGUAAGAAGACCACAAAGUAGCCUUGAUCAUUCUUCAUAAAUAAGUUUUGUUUGCAAGAGUUGUCCCCCACGCUGGGCAAAAUGGGGAAACAAAAUAGUAAGCUGGCCCCUGAGGUGAUGGAGGAUCUGGUGAAGAGCACGGAGUUCAAUGAACACGAGCUAAAACAGUGGUACAAAGGAUUUCUAAAGGACUGUCCGAGUGGGAGACUGAACCUCGAGGAGUUCCAGCAGCUCUACGUGAAAUUCUUUCCAUAUGGAGAUGCUUCUAAGUUUGCCCAGCACGCCUUCCGCACCUUUGAUAAAAACGGAGAUGGGACCAUCGACUUCAGAGAGUUCAUUUGUGCCCUGUCCAUCACCUCACGAGGCAGUUUUGAGCAAAAGCUGAACUGGGCCUUCAACAUGUACGACUUGGAUGGUGAUGGUAAAAUCACAAGAGUGGAAAUGCUGGAAAUUAUAGAGGCCAUCUACAAAAUGGUGGGCACUGUGAUAAUGAUGAAAAUGAAUGAGGAUGGUCUGACGCCUGAGCAACGGGUAGACAAGAUCUUCAGUAAGAUGGAUAAGAACAAAGACGAUCAGAUCACACUGGAUGAGUUCAAAGAAGCUGCAAAGAGUGACCCGUCCAUUGUAUUACUGCUGCAGUGUGACAUUCAGAAAUGAGCCUGUGUACCACGCGUCAUAGACUGCACAGAAGUUUAAUGUUCCAUUCAGUUUGCAGCUAUUUCCACACACACAAAAAUUUGCUUGGACUACCUAUAAAUGGACUUGCUUCUUGUGUUUGAAACACUUGUGUGCAUGAGAAUGUCAUUUGCUAAAGAAUUUUAAAAGUAUAUAUUAUAAAAAUAAACUGCCACAACGUGAUGUGUGCAAUGUCAUUUCAUAACAGCCCUCUUCCUCUGAAGCCUGUGCAGCAGGCCUGUGCUGCAGUGAAUUAUAUUAUUUAUUGUUCAUGUUUUACUGAUGCUAGCUCUGUGUCUCCUAGGCUGAGUAAUGUUAGUGACACUGAAUUCCCAUGGUAAUGUUAACUGUUUAUUAUAAAUCAUGUCACCAUUCUGCUGUAAAGUAGUACUGGACAGACAGAAGGGAAGAGCUCCUCAGCUCCCAGGUCUGAUCCACACGUGCUUGUAUUGUCAGUGGAUAUAAAUGUACUUCAUUUGCAUGCCUUUUAGGUUUGCCUUAAUUCUUACCUCAUUUGCAUCCCUUCAAUCUGGAAAGAGCUAUGUCAGAGGAAUGCAGUAUAUUUAAAAAAAAAAAGAAAAUCCU